AAAAAGAAUAAAUACUAGAAACAGAUAAGCUAACAUAAAACACAAAAACCUGAAAAUGCAACUUCUUUUUGAAUCCCUCUAACUUCUCUCUCUUCUUUUUCUCUCUUUUCUCACGCACAUAAACGCUCACUGUUUGAAAAAUACCUUCAUGGAUUCUCGUUCUGCUGGGGGUAAAAUCGUCACAAACAGGCGAAAGCGCUAUGCCGUUGGUCCCUACGACCGUCCUCUACCUUCGCCGGCGGCGGCGGAAGAAGCGGUUCAAAAAAGCCCUAAUUGGUUCACCGGACAUGUAUUUCCGGCGACGCGCACGAUUAUAUCCGGUGCUGCAAAGAUUAUAACCUCUGUGUUCAAUUCAGAAACUUCUUCUUCUUCCGAGUCUGAGGAUAACGAUUCCAUUUUUGAGGAUGAUGCUAGGGAGGAGAAUGAUAUUUGCUCUGAAGUGGAUGAGUUAAACAAGCAUCCUCAAUUACGUGGAGAGAGAAGUCAAACCAAGCACCUAAUUGAGCAGCUACUUAUGCAGGAGACGUUUUCAAGGAAGGAGCGUGAUCAGUUAGUAAUGAUCAUCAAUUCAAGGGUUGUGGAUUCUUCAUCACUAGAAGGGGAAGGCAGUUUGGGUUUGCACUCGACAAUACCAUAUAAAACAAUUGCAGAUGAUUCGUUGGCCCACAGCAAUCAAGCAAUUAUAGAAGCGAGGAAAUGGUUAGAGGAAAAGAGAGAUGGAUUGCGUUCAGAUAAUACUUUCGUAGGUCUAAGCUCCGUGGGUAAAAGUGUGGAUGAUUCUUUUAGUUCACCUGUAGAAAUGGCCAAGUCAUAUAUGAAGGUUCGUCCACUCUGGGCGUCUCCUACUGUUGAUCAUAGUGGACUUAGAACCCCCUCACAAAUGAAGUCAAAGCUCUUUGAUGAAGAAACACCAUAUACUGUCAGUGGUGAUUCUCUGUCUUCCUUGAAGAAAAAGAAUUCUUAUGCAUCUGGGUCAUGGAAUAUUCAUGAGGAAAUACGAAAAGUCAGGUCAAAUGCAACUGAAGAUCUAUUACGUGCCCAUCCUUCCAAGGAAACUGACUACCAAUUACGUUCGGUAGAACGCAAAGAAGAACCAAAUUCUGCAGUUGGUGAUUUGACAGGAACCAGUACCGUGGAGAAGAUAGAUAACUCAAGUUCUUUGAGACUUGCUAAACUGUCAGAUGUACCCAUUAAGUGGUCAGAUGUGGAAAUAACACAAGAUGGCGGAGAAAGUGAGACUGGGCCUUUGAAUCCCUCCUCUUCUAUUCAGCUGAAAGAUCAGACAAUUCGGGUUGGUGAGCAUGCUGCUCGUGAAUCUGUCAUGCCUAGUGGUCCAGUUUUAUCCUCCGAGCACAAUGAUGGUUCAGGUCCUCAUAUUACUGGCUCUGAAGCACGGGAAGUGACUCGACCAAAUUUAGCACAAAGUUCUAAUGGCUAUGCGUCAUUAGAAGCUAGUUUGUCUGCAGGUCAAACCAGAGGACAAAACGACUCACACAUUGGUGGUGAGAAGCCGAAACCAGGAACAUCAAGUCAGGACAAGUCGACUGGACAUCACCAAAUGGAGGAUAAGUGUGAGCUUCUAAGUGAAACUGCUGUGGACGUACCAGACGUGAAUGAGAUGACAGACAGUCCCGCUAUUUCCAUUCCUAGUGAAGACUUAUCGCAGGAGGAAUCAGUUUUGGUAUGUGGCUUGGCAAAGGACAGGAAAGUUCCUGCGAAGCCACAAGGAAAGAGACCAGUUAGAAAUGUCCGAAAGACCAGAGCAAAAAGGUAAGUGAUGAGAUAUGUAGAUCAGGCAGUCUAGAGACCUGAAGCUGUUGUAUAUUAGCUUAACUUUAGGAAGAAAUUGAAGCUAUUGUAGGAGGAUCCUUGAUUCAUCUUUCCUUUUUUUUUUUUGUUUUUUUCAAAGACCAAGUUGUGUAGUAUUUAUUCGUACGUUCGUGUAGGAUACCACUGUCAUUAUAAAUUUGAAUGUUCUUAGACCAAA